AUGACAACCAACACAUCACCCGAACCCCCAACAAUGACCCCAGCAACACCAGCGCGUGCCGCCACACUCCUCUCAAACCUAACGGCCGUGGCGCGCGACAAACCAAUUCGACUCGUAGCUGUCUCCAAGCUCAAGCCUGCAGCCGACGCACUGGCCUUACACCAAGCCCCGGGAUCGCAACACCACUUCGGCGAGAAUUACCUGCAAGAACUACUCGAGAAAUCGCGGCUGCUGCCCGCAAGCAUUAAAUGGCACUUCAUCGGCGGACUGCAAAGCAACAAGUGCGUGACGCUUGCGCGGGAUGUGCGCGGGCUGUGGGCUGUCGAGAGUGUCGACUCAGAGAAAAAGGCAAAGUUACUGGAUAAGGGAUGGGGUGAGAGAGGGCCUGAGCUGGCUGCUACGAACCACGAUGAGGACGGGAGACUGCGUAUCUAUGUUCAGGUUAAUACGUCUGGCGAGGCAAAUAAGGCUGGUGUUGAGCCUUCUGGAGCGACGGCGCUUUGCCGAUAUGUUCGUGAGCAGUGUCCCCGACUUAAGUUGCAGGGUUUCAUGACUAUCGGGGCUAUUGCAAGAUCGCGGGCGACGACUGUGGAGAAUGAGAAUGAGGAUUUCGUUUGUUUGAGAGAGACGAGGGAUCGGGUUAUCAAGGAGCUUGGAUUGGUUGGAGAUGACGCUGAGUUGGAGCUUAGUAUGGGUAUGAGCUCAGAUUUCGAGGGGGCGAUUGCUCUUGGAAGCGAUCAAGUUAGGGUUGGAACCACGAUCUUCGGGGAUCGGCCGCCUAAGGCGGAGGCAAGUGUCGUUUGA